ACGUGUCUGUCGGAGGAAAAUCGAUGGAGACAGACUCCCGCUUCUGGUCCUUUAUUCAGGUUUACAGCUCGUUGUUAGUUUCCUAAAAAUGAAAUUUAAAGCUCAAAACUGAAGAGUGACAGAAGCGAAGGUUGUUUUCAGAGCUCUGUUAACCGCGGAACAGCAACAACAACAAAAAAAUGGAGUCAAGUUUGAACAGGUUUUGAGUAAAAUGAAACAGAAACUUCGAGUAAACGACUCCGACUGAGGCGCUGAACUUUAUUUUUGGUGAUGGGCUCCGUGACUUCCGCUCUGACCAGGACCAGGAACGCGUUGGUCAAAGUGGGCUCGGAGCCGGAGAACCAUGACCCGGAGAGGAGCCAGUCCGCUCCGGAGUCGGACCGGGUCAACAAGAAGAGCGCCCGGUUCAACGUGUCCAGCCAAGCCGGACGACAGAGCUCCCGGCAGUCGCUGUCCGAGGUCCUGAGCAGACAGGACUCGGACGGAGGGAAACAGAGCUCCAGGAGGAAGGCUGCUGAAGCUCCACAGGGCGUGGCAAAUGAAGAUGCAGAGAGCUCCGCCAGACCCCAGGCCAGUUUUGCACGCUCAAAGUCCCAGAGUGCUUUGUGGAAUGCCAUCACGGCAGGGAUGGGGAUCAAAGGCAAAGAGCAGAAGGCCCCCCUGAACGACCCACGAAGUCCUGAAGAGAUUCUGGCUGAUGAUCUACCUGCGACAGAUGAACCAGAUGCUACAGAGAAAACUGCCAUCAGAUUACGAUGUCUGGUGAAGCAACUGGAGAGAGGAGAGGCUUCCCUCGCUGACCUCAAGAAAAACCUCGAGUAUGCAGCAUCUGUGCUGGAAUCUGUUUAUAUUGAGGAGACAAGGCGUUUGGUUGACACAGAGGAUGAGCUCAGCGACAUCCAGUCAGAGUCGGUGCCUUCGGAGGUGCGGGACUGGCUGGCCUCCACCUUCACCAGACAGAUGGGUUUGAUGCUGCGACGUAAUGAAGAAAAACCUCGCUUCCGAAGCAUCGUCCACGCUGUUCAGGCUGGCAUAUUUGUUGAGAGGAUGUACCGACGUACGUCCAAUAUGGUGGGACUCAGCUACCCCGCUUCUGUCAUAUCUGUGCUUAAGAAUGUUGACAAGUGGUCCUUUGACGUCUUUGCUCUAAAUGAGGCCAGCGGGGAUCACGCUCUCAAAUUCAUAUUCUACGAGUUGCUUACAAGAUAUGACCUCAUUAGCCGUUUCAAGAUACCGAUCUCUGCAGUGGUGUCAUUUGUCGAGGCCCUAGAAGUUGGAUACAGCAAACACAAAAACCCCUACCACAACCUGAUGCAUGCUGCUGAUGUCACACAGACUGUGCACUACUUGCUGCUCAAGACUGGCAUGGUGCACUGGUUGACUGAGCUUGAGAUCUUUGCCAUGAUCUUUGCGGCGGCGGUGCACGACUAUGAGCACACGGGGACCACCAACAACUUCCACAUUCAGACAAGAUCAGACACAGCUAUCCUUUAUAAUGAUCGCUCAGUGUUGGAGAGUCAUCAUGUCAGCGCAGCCUAUCGCCUGCUGCAGGACGACGAUGAAAUGAACAUCCUCUACAAUCUCUCCAAGGACGACUGGAGAGAGCUGCGGGCUCUGGUGGUGGAGAUGGUGCUGGCCACAGACAUGUCCUGCCACUUCCAGCAGGUUAAGGCCAUGAAGAACUUCCUACAACAACCUGAGGGCAUUGACAAACCCAAAGCCCUGUCCCUGCUGCUGCACACAGCAGACAUCAGCCACCCGGCCAAAAGUUGGGACCUCCACCACCGCUGGACCACCUCCCUGCUAGAGGAGUUCUUCAGACAGGGGGACAAAGAAGCUGAGCUUGGGCUGCCAUUCUCUCCACUCUGUGACCGGAAAUCCACAAUGGUGGCACAGUCCCAGAUCGGGUUCAUAGACUUCAUUGUGGUGCCCACCUUCACUGUGCUGACAGACAUGAUGGAGCGUAUCGUCACACCGCUCAUCGAUGAGGCCUCCCAUUCAGGAUUUGCCGGCUUUAGACGCUCGAGUCUGAACAGUAUUAGCUCAGAUGAAGCCAAGAGGCACAGUGUCAAGAGCAUGGGCUCUGACAGCAGCUCAUCAGGCCAAAGCUCUCUGCUGACAGUGGACAUGAAGAACUUCAAGGCGUUGUGGAAUGAAGAGGUGUAUCAGAACAGAGAGAGGUGGAAAGCCCAUGCUGCUAAAGAGGCGGAGGAGAGAGCUAAAAAGGAAGCAGAGGAGCAAGCACAGCAGGAAGAAGUUAUGGAGCCCCAGGAGGUCCACACAGAACCCGAACAGCCUGAACCAAAGGAGGACAACCUGGAGGGGGAGGCACCCGAGUCAACAGAGGUCAGCAGAUCACCAGAUGGUAACAGAGGGGGAACAGAGCAGGGAGCACAACCUGGGGGCGCCACGCACAAGAAUUCCCCACUGCAGAACGGAGAGUUAUCAGAAGGGGCUGAAUCUCCAGAAGGGGAAGAAAACAAGAACAAAGAAGUCGAUGCAGAAGUAGUGAUGGAAUGAGCGAGCUGGGGAGUAUCAUGGCUACUCUGUUGGAACUGUUGCUGCAAUUCUGUCCACCUGAACCUGCUUUUACAACCUGUAUGGAACACCUUAGACACCCCCAUUAGAGGGAGGCUCAUUGGUUGGACUGUGUCGCCCUCUACAGGACAUCAAGAAACUGACACCUUUGCUUCCUUCUGUUUUUACUUUUGUUUUUACCAUGUUUAUACUUCCAGGCUCUUGUAUGCAGAGCCAUGUGCAUUACUCCUCCCUUCCUGCUCACUGAUAGAGACAAUAUAAUGACCUUAAAAUGGCAGCCAGGGAGGUAAAGACGAGGCUUUGAUCGACUGCAGAUAUUGUUAGUUGUAUGUUUAAAUCAACCACAGAGUAGCUUUUGUAUAAGUACUACCUUUCCCCCUGUGCAACUCUCAGUUAGAUUUAUUAGUCUGGUGAGCUGAAAGACAAAAUGUUUUUGUGUUGCAGAAAUUUAUUAUGACACAUGAGUACAUAAAUGCAGAUUUGUGUGAAAUACAGAAUAGAUGCACAUCCGGAUAUACUGACACGCUGGGGUUAAAUUUACUACUUAAGCAAACACAGUCUUGGAUAGAAAAGUUUUCCUUGUGCUUUGGGAGCUCCUGAUGAGAACAUCCUAUGUUCGCGGAGGUUUUCUACAAAACCAUGUCUUUACCACCAGUUGUGGCUCGUUUUUCUCCUGUUUACUUUCUCUGUGCUUUCCUCACACACUGUGCAAUUCUAAUGCGAUUGUGUUCCUUGUAGCCAGGUACAUAUUGGGGUUUUUGUGUGUGUGUGUGUUUUUGUCUUCUUUACUGUAUAUAUUCAACAUUUGUAUAUGUGUGUAUCUGAAGAGGAGUAGAAAUCUAUCCACAAUCCACAAUUUUGGAUCUAGUGUAAGAUAGCUGUAGUGGAAAAAUGUCCAAAAAUUAGAAUGCAGCUUUUGCAUCUCAGACAUAUCACACUCACAAAUGUGUUCACGUUUUUGUACCAUAUAAUAUCUCUUUGUUUACUGUUUUUUCAAAGUUUUGCAUUGUCUUCUCCUGUAUGAAUCAUGCACUAGAUGUGUCUAAUAUCCUCACACUGUACGUCUUCUUCUCGAUGCCUUCUUAUGUGUAUUUGAGCUGUAGCAAAGAAUCAACAUUGUCGUUAGAGAAAUA